AUGGAGCCCGAUUCCCAGGCGUCGGAAGCCCACCACCAGACGCCCUUCAAGAAGGUCGAGGCUGGGCUCGAAGCGCUUUUCGGCGGCGAGAAACACUCUCAUUCCCACGUUGGACAUGUCUGCGAUCACUUGCACCCUGAGCAUAUUACCAAUCGCUAUCACUCUUUUGCGCCGGAAACUACCGGCGAUGCGAAAUGGUUCGUCGACGGCUGCUCCUACUUCUACGCCGUCUCUCAGGCGCUCGAGCGGGCCCAGGAAUCAAUCUAUAUUCUUGACUGGUGGCUAAGUCCCGAACUGUACCUGCGGCGACCACCUUCCAAAAAUGCACAGUAUCGCUUAGACGCUAUGCUCAAGGCUGCUGCCGAGCGUGGAGUCACUGUCAAUAUCAUCAUUUAUAAAGAAGUGCAAGCUGCAUUAACACUUGAUUCCGCUCAUACGAAAAAGGCACUGGAGGCUCUGCACCCCAACAUUCACGUCUUCCGCCACCCAGACCAUGUCCUCACUGGGUACGAUAUCAAAUCAGAGUUUAAGAAAGCUGUCAAAGAUCUUACCCACUUUGAGCUCGCUAAGGCAUCGCAUGCUGCUAUCAAGGCCAUCUACGGGGUUACCGACGACAUUGUCCUCUACUGGGCACACCACGAAAAGCUCCUCAUUGUUGACAGUAGAAUGUGUUUUAUGGGCGGCCUAGACCUUUGUUUUGGCCGCUGGGAUACCAAUAGCCACCCAAUUGCUGAUGCGCACCCGGGCAACCUGGAUGCCAUCAUCUUCCCUGGCCAAGAUUACAACAAUGCUCGGAUUUUUGACUUUUCCGAUGUUGGCGACUGGAACCAGAAUAAGCUGGACAGAACUCAAAGCUCAAGAAUGGGGUGGUCCGAUGUGGCCCUCUGCAUGACGGGCGGCAUCACUGAAAGCCUCGUCGAUCAUUUCGUCGACCGAUGGAAUUACAUAUAUGAAUCCAAAUACGGCGAAAAGAAUGGCGACAAGUAUACGCUCAUGGAUGCCCCAGAUCCAAUCGAGGAGAUUGGGAAGAGUGUGCACCAAGCAGUUGGUUCACUUAGAAGAAAAUUCACCAGGGGUCUACGCGGUCUCGGCCGUAAGAAAGCCGCAAAACAAGAAGACAAGCUGCAACUUCAGCUUACUCGCAGCUGUACUCGCUGGUCCUCCGGUCAUCGCACAGAGCACUCCAUUGCCAACGCGUACGUUGAUGUCAUUUUAAAAGCCCGGCAUUUUGUCUAUAUUGAAAACCAGUUCUUCAUUACCGCAACAAGCAAUAAACAGCAUCCCGUUGUGAACAAAAUAGGUGCAGCUAUUGUUCAAAGAAUUCGCCGCGCUCACACCAACAAUGAGCACUUCAAAAUCUGGGUUGUUAUGCCUGCUGUUCCAGCUUUUGCUGGCGAUCUCAAGUCCAACGAUGCGCUUGGUACUCGUGCCAUUAUGAAGUAUCAAUACAACUCCAUCUCGCGUGGAGGCCACAGCAUCAUUGAACGCCUUCGACAGGCCGGCAUUGAGGACCCUAGUGACUACAUUAGCUUUUACAACCUGCGCAACUUCGAUCGUAUCAAUACCUCUGCCACUAUGAAGGAAGCCGAAAUUAAAGCUGGGGUUGAAUACGAAGAGGCAAGAAAGGAGCAUGACGACCAGGUUGGCGCAGGUCGCUUUCCUCAGGGCGAGGGUACGGGUGGAACUAAGUAUUCUUACAAACAGUACCAGGAGCAAGCGCAAACGGUGGCAGACGAGACAAAAGAUUCCAUCGUUGCUGCCUACAUGGAUGGACGAGACGAGCUCUCGCAUUUUGCCUGGGAUGGUAAUCCAGAUGCCGAGAUGGAUGCAUUCGUUAGCGAGGAACUUUACAUUCACUCGAAACUUCUUAUUGCCGAUGACCGUCUUGUCAUCUGCGGCUCUGCGAAUCUCAACGAUCGCUCACAGCUGGGCACCCAUGAUUCAGAAAUUGCCGUUGUCAUCGAGAACGGCCCUUCAGUGUCUAGCACCAUGGAUGGUAAGCCCUACGAAGCCUCCAAGUUUGCUUCAUCCCUUCGCCGCGAAAUUUUCCGCAAGCACCUAGGUCUGCUCCCUCACCAGGACCCUGAGCAGCCCAACACAAACUGGUAUCCCAUCACGGAUUCCCUCAACGAAUAUGACUGGGGCUCACCCGCCGAUGUUCUCGUCCGCGAUCCUUUGCAUCCAAACUUCACAAAUCUCUGGCGCGGUACGGCAAAGUCCAACACGGAAAUAUUCCGAAAAGCCUUUCAUCCUGUUCCAGAUGACACGGUGCGGACCUGGAAGGACUAUGACGAGUUCUUCACCAAGCGCUUCAAGACAGCAGCAGACGUUAAGAAGGAGAACAAUCCUAGUAAGACGGAGGCUCCGAAGACAGACGACAGCCCCAGUGAAGAUGCCACAGAACAUGGAAAGAACACUUCGAGCAGCGAAACAGAUGGAGAGUUCAAGAAGGAGGAAAAUGGGGAGCUACAACAGGCUGACGAAAAUGUUCAAGCCCAAGAGCAGGCUCAGGUUGACCAAGACGCCCCGCAACUCGAGAGGGAAAAGGAAGACCCCAAGAAGAACGAGGAUCCAAAAACACCUGAAAAGGUGGAAUACGGACACGUGGUCCGCAGCGAGUUUCCCGGUGGUAUCAAGGAGCUUCGGGAAUGGCUCGGCCGUGUGCGAGGCACCCUUGUCGAGAUGCCGCUUGACUUUCUGGUCGAUGUCAACGACAUUGCCAAGACGGGCUUGAAGCUCAACGGUUUGACAGAAGAGAUAUAUACCUAG